AUGGACAUAGAUGGAGAAAAGAAGAAAGUAACAGGCUAUGUGAGAGAGACAGAGGCAUUUAAAAACAGGGCUGGGAAGCAAGAAAGAGAGAGAUGGAGAAAGAGGGGGAACCCAAGGGGCAAUAGGACAGAGAAGGAGGAAUUAAAAGAGAAGAACAGGGAGCUGGAAAAGGAGAGGGACAAGGAAAGACAGAGGGAUACAGAAAACAGAAAGGGAACAGCAAGAGGGUCACAGAGAAAAAGAGAGAGAGGGCAGAAAGAGAAAAAUAAGACAAGGGAGAAGGACUGAGGAGCAGACAGAAAAAGGUACAGGGAAAAAAAGACUGAUAAGGACAGGGAGCAGGACAAAGAGAUGGAGGAAGAAAAAAUAGUGAUGGGCAGCAACAGAGGAAGAGAGAGAAAAAGAGCAAGAGCAACAGGAGAAUGA